AUGAGCAAUCAAACAACGAAUGAUGAGGACCAACAACAAUCAAUAGCAAAUCAGCGUGCUGUUCAUUCUGAACUUUUAACCAAAAUCUAUUAUCCUGAUACAUUAUAUCCCGAUAAUUAUUCAUUCUUUGCAGAUCGGGAUUCGUCACAAGUACGAUCCUUACGAACGAAUUCAAACGAUCAGCAUCCAACAAUAGAUUCAAUCAGACCUUCAACACAACCAAUUACUAUUUCUAACCAACCAACAAUAGAAAUCGAAACGCCGGAGAGACAAAGCAAACACUCAUCUGCAAUGAUUGAUCGAGAACGUGGUGAAUCAGAAUCUGGACGACAACGAUUUGAUGUUAAACGUUAUAUACCUUCAGCAUUACGUGCUCAAGACAAAAGUCAACCACCUGCUAUUUUAUUAGAUCCUCGAUUUUAUUCAAUGAAAAAAACAGCAAUGACUAUAAUGUGUCUACUGAUAAUCAUCAUGAGUAACAGUGUACAAUUAAAACAUGUUCUCAAAAAAGGUGACUUACAUCCAUUCUAUGGUACACAAGUUGCACUUGGUAUUAUUUCUGUACUCAUGUGUGCUUGUAUUGGUGUGAUUCUGAUGUAUGUAAUGCGAAUCGAUAUAAAUGAUCAAUACAAACAACAUAAACUUGAUUAUAUAGACAAUUGUGUUAUAUGUCUUGUAUUCAUUCUUGCAAUCUUCAAUAUUUUUAUUGCUGCAUGCAGUUAA